GUGUGUCCACGGGCGUCACCAUGCCUGGACGCGCGUCACCCGCGUGUCGCCGUGCCUGGACGCGUGUCACCCGCGUGCCCGCCUCCUGGAGGCCGGUGGACACGUGUGUCCACGGGCGUCACCAUGCCUGGACGCGCGUCACCCGCGUGUCGCCGUGCCUGGACGCGUGUCACCCGCGUGCCCGCCUCCUGGAGGCCGCCCAAGUGGCCGUGGGCCACCGAGGUGGCACCGGCAUCCUGGGCCGCGAGGACUACUACGUGCCCCCCGAGCGGCUGUGGGUCCCCCUGCGCUGGGUGGCCCCCGAGCUGCUGGCCGAGACCCGGGGGACACUCGCGGUGGCAGAGCAGAGCAAGGAGAGCAACGUCUGGUCGCUGGGGGUGACGCUGUGGGAGCUGUUCGAGUUGGGGGUCCAGCCCUACCGGCACCUCUCGGACCAGGAGCUCCUCGGCCGCCUGAUGCACCGGCGCCCGCUGGCCCUCGGCCGCCCCCGCCUCCGCCUGCCCCACGCCGACAGCUGGGACGUCCCCUUUGGCACUGGAGGUGGCCCCGUGGGGACAAGAGAGGCCACCGUUGACGCAAGGGACGUCCCCUUUGGCGUUGGAGAUGGCCCCGUGGGGACAGGAAAGGUCUUCGUUGACGCAAGAGAGGCCACCGUUGACAAGAGAGGUGGCACCUGGGGCACAAGGGACGUCCCCUUUGGCACUGGAGGUGGCCCCCUGGGGACGAGAGAGGCCACCGUUGACGUAAGGGACGUCCCCUUUGGCACUGGAGGUGGCCCCCUGGGGACGAGAGAGGCCACCGUUGACGUAAGGGACGUCCCCUUUGGCACUGGAGGUGGCCCCCUGGGGACGAGAGAGGCCACCGUUGACACGAGAGGUGGCACCUGGGGCACAAGGGACGUCCCCUUUGGAACUGGAGGUGGCCCCAUGGGGACGAGAGAGGCCACCAUUGACACAAGAGAGGCCACCGUUGACGCAAGGGACGUCCCCUUUGGCGUUGGAGAUGGCCCCGUGGGGACAAGAGAGGCCACCGUUGACACAAGAGAGGCCACUGUUGACACGAGAGAGGCCACCGUUGACACGAGAGGUGGCACCUGGGGCACAAGGGACGUCCCCUUUGGCGUUGGAGAUGGCCCCGUGGGGCCAAGAGACGCCACCGUUGACCAGAGAGGUGGCACCUGGGGCACAAGGGACGUCCCCUUUGGCACUGGAGAUGACCCCAUGGGGCCAAGAGAGGCCACCACUGCCCCCAGAGAUGGCAGCGCUGACACGAGUGACGGCGCCAUGGGGCCAAGAGAUGCCACCGCUGACACGAGAGGUGGCAGCUGGGGCACAAGGGACGUCCCCUUCGGCACCCCAGAUGGUCCCGUGGGGACAAGGAAUGUCACCUUUGGCACCAGAAACGGUGCCUGGGACACAAGGGACGUCCCCUUUGGCACCAGAGGUGCCCCCAUGGGGACAAGAAAGGCCACCGCUGACGGGAGAGGUGGCACCCUCGGCACCAGAGACGUCCCCGUGGGGACAAGAGAGGUCACCUUUGAGAGGAGAGACGGUGCCCAGGACGCAAGGGACGUCCCCUUUGGCAGCAGAGGUGGCCCCGUGGGGUCAAGAGAUGUCACCUUCGGCACGAGGGACGUCCCCUUUGGCAGCAGAGACGUCCCCAUGGGGUCCCCCUUCCCGGGCGCCGGCGUCCCCGUGGCCGUGGCCGUGCCACCACUGGCCGCGCUGGCCGAGGGUCCCGAGGAGGAGAAGGUGGCCCUGGUGGCCGGGGUUCUCGGGGACCCCCUCGGGGACACCCCCGCGGUCACCCCCCGGCCGGCCGGGGCCACCCAGGGCGGCACCCCAAGGGGGGGCGCGGGGAGAGAUGUCCCCAAAGCGGGCCCCAGGGACGUCCCCAAAGGGGUCCCCAAGGAGAUGCCAAGAGAUGUCCCCAAAGGGGGCCCCAGGGACGUCCCCAAAGGGGUCCCCGGAGAGGUGCCAAGAGACGACGCCCCCUCGGAGCUGCCCAAUGGCCUCCUCGGGGCGGUGCCCAGAUGGGGACCCGCAGCGCUGUCCCAAGAGGUCCCCGGAGAAGUGUCCCAAGAGGUCCCCAAAAGGGUCCCCAAGGAGGUGCCCGGAGAUGUCCCCAAAGGCGCCCCUGGAGAAGGUCCCCAAGGGGUCCCCAAGGAGGUGCUCGGCAAAGUCCCCAGCGGGGUCCCCGGGCAAGGGGCCCCCCAGGUCCCCGAAGGCGUCCCCGAGGAGAUGCCAAGAGAUGUCCCCAAAAGGGUCCCCGAGGAGAUGCCAAGAGAUGUCCUCGAGGGGUUCCCCAAGGAGAUGUUCAGAGAUGUCCCCAAAGGCGUCCCCAAAGAGAUGCCAAGAGAUGUCCCCAAGGAAAAACCAAGAGAUGGCCUCCAGGGGGUCCCCAAGGAGACGCCAAGAGAUGUCCCCAAGGAAACGCCAAGAGAUGUCCCCAAAGGCGUCCCCAAGGAGAUGCCAAGAGAUGUCCCCAAGGAGAUGCCAAGAGAUGUCCCCAAAGGCGUCCCCAAGGAGAUGCCAAGAGAUGUCCCCAAAGGCGUCCCCAAGGAGAUGCCCAAAGACGUCCCCAAGGAGAUGCCAAGAGAUGUCCCCAAGGAGAUGCCAAGAGACGUCCCCGAGGAGACGCCAAGAGAUGUCCCCAAGGAAACGCCAAGAAACGUCCCCGAAGGCGUCCCCAAGGAGGGACCCCCCGAGGCGUCCCCGUCCCCAAGGGCGUCCCCGUCCUCGCCGGGCCAGCGCCCCGGGGACAGCGGCUACGAGACGGAGACGUCACCGUCCCCCGCGGCAGGGGGCGGUGGCGGUGGCACCACCGGGGCGGCGGUGACCCCGGGGACCCCCGCGUCCCGACGCGGGCAGGGGGACAGGGAUGGGGCCGUCCCCGGGGCCACCGCCGAGGGGGGGUUCGUGGUCCAGGUGUGCCAGGAGCGGCUGCAGGUCACCCUGCGCGAGGACGUCACCCGAAAUCUGCUG